AUGGCGUCCGGUUUUGGCUAUCAUGGAGGCCGUUCACGGUGCUUCGCCUACUGGCAGGAAUUCUCUAAAUGCUACGCCCAGACCGAGAGCCCCUCGGAGUGCCGGCCACAAGCAGACGAUUACCUAGAAUGCCUGCAUCACACCAAAGAGGUUGCGCGUGCAAAGGCAAUCAAAGCCGAGUUCGUCAAGAAAGCGGAGCACCAGGCGAAGGAGGGCAGGAAGGCUGCAGACGUAUUGGCGGAUGGUGUCAUCGUGGGCGUUGGUCUGAUAUCGAGGGAUCAAGGCGGGGAUGCUGCUCAUGCGAAAUAG